AUGAUAUAUGAAUGCAACUUCAAAAUAACGGAUGAGGAAUUCAAGCAAAAGAAGGAACUGGAAAUCGAGAAGAAGGACAAAAGUAAAGGGGAACAAAUGCCAAAGGCCAAUGACAACAAACAAACCAAGGCACGUGAUUAUGAAGAUGAGCAAAACCAAGGCAGCAAAGAAGGUAGACACCAAGGACAAACUGUGCAGCAAAAGGAAGAAGAGUGGCAAACACAAAAAAGAAAAAACAACAAACAGCAUGAGGAAAAAAAUCAGAAAGCAGUCUGGAGACCUACCUCACCACAGAACAGGAAGAACAUCCAACCAACAGGUAUAACAAAUAACUCUAAUCAUAAUUCAUUUACUAAUCUAAGCAUGCAGGAAGUUCAACAGGAAGACAGGGAGGAGCCUACCAGAAAUAUGAGGACACAAACACAAGCAGCAAAGGACAGGUCUGUAACAGACCAGAACCAAGCAACUCAGGCACUAAAAAAGGGAAACAAAAUGUACACCAAAAGCACAGGUAUUGACUCAAUGCUCCCAAUCCCCACAACCCCUAAUAAUGUGUCUAUUGAUUGCAAUGAAGAAGUUGAAGGAGGGAUGGAUGGGGGAUGUCAGGAUAAACAUUCUAACAUGCAGGAAGGGGUAUCCAAAUGGGGGAAUUUGACUCAUGUUUUGCAUGAGGGGGUACACACUGACCAUAGUCUAGACCUUAGAGCCUCUGCAACCACUAUUGCUCAACAAUACAACACACGACAACAGCAGAAAUUGCAGCAGCAACAGAAAGAAAAUGCAAAAUGUAUAAAGGAGCACCAGGGUAACACUGCUGAAACAGGGCAGAAGAACCAUGAUGUUCAGAACAAUGAAGUAAUCGAGAUUGACAAAUCCACCCAACAGGCAGGCAAAGGGGAGAAUUACAGUCCUAGAGGGGCAGCUAUGGCAAAGGAUAUGGGAUCUAAAGCCAGUACUAGCAAACAAGGGACCACACCAAAGAGCAAGAAUAAACCUAGUAAAAAGAAGAGGGAAGCAACUAAGAAAAAAUUACAAGCACAACAAGACAAGGACCAAAAACAGCAGGAGGAACAGAAGGAUCAGGACAGCAACUGUCAGAGGUUUAUUAUGGUGGAUGAUCUGCAGGGUAUGGAUAUCACUCCACUUCAAACUCAAUAUCUUACUCCCCCUCACAAGGAUCCUCCAGACAGAGCUGCAGCAUGA